AUGACUAUCUUCCCCCUCCUCGCGGCGCUGCUGCCGGCUCUUGCAUUGGCUGCCACCCCUCAGUGGAACCUGUCAUCAGCUCUCAAUUUCCACUAUCCUGAUAUCCCUGUCGCGUGGAAUCUUCGUGAUGUGCUGUUGUACGCGGUUAGUAUUGGUGCUCAGGUCGCGAAUCAGACACUGGUGGAUGACCCCAAUUUCGCCGUCUUCCCCAGCUACGCGACUGCCCUGUCAUUUAAAGGGACAAGCUAUUCAUUUUCGGCUUCAAUCCCUGACUUACCUUAUUUGGACGUUUUUCAGGAACCAGCGAGGGCUGGGUUAAUUUUACCACGGGCCGUUACAAUGGUCCAAUCCCUGGCUUUCCGGAUCUUUCAAAUUCCCUCCCAGUUUAACCGGCUAUCCGAACGCGACAAAAAGGUUCAAGAUUCUCAAUAUAUCGAACCGUAUCUGCCUCUUCCGAAUGACAGCGGACCUGUCCCGUGGACGAUCAAGAAGAGGAUCAUCUCAGUCGAAGAACGCGUCAACCCCUCGAGUCUGAUCAUUGGGAACGAACUCGUGUUGUUCAACCCUAAGGGCGUGAAGUACACUCGUCUUAUUGCCACGACCAAGUACUUCGGUGGCACCGCAAACGGCUUCAAUUUCUCAGCGAGCAUUGCUGUUGGAAUAAAGCCCAAACCUGUUCCUUCCAGAGCGCCAGAUCUCCAAAUUCGUAUUCCGGUUAGCCCAAUCGAGACACUGAUUUAUCGGUUGAACGGCGAUUAUAACGCUUUGCACGUCGACCCCUCCGUGGGCCUCAAAUUUGGCUAUGGAGGAUUGGUAUUGCAUGCACUGUCGUACUUUGGAUUUUCGGCCUUUCAACUUGUGGGCCACUUGGGCGGUGGCGACGUUGCAUCACUUCAUUCUAUGCAAGGCGCCUUUGGGCUGCCCAUUUCUCCCGGUGAUGAUCUACUCCUUAAGGCUUGGGAAGUGGGACAUGGUCCUCAUAGGACUAAAGAGAUCACCUUUGUUGUGGAAGACUUGACGAAGAAGACUAUCGUGCUUGAUCGCGCUGCUGCGUUUAUCCGAAGGAAAUAA